CUCUACAGUCUACUGGUAUCGAGAGCGUCAGGGCGAUUGUAAACACCACGUAAAAGCCACUUCUUGUGCGCCUAUGCAUAUAUUUUCAUGUUAUGGCGCCUGGUGAACCGAAUCAGAAGCGGAAACGCGGUCGCCCUCCGGCCGCGUCUAAAACUAGUACUCCGAAUGCGACGGAGCCGGUCCAGGAACAGCCGGGGAUCGAGCAAUCAGCGAAGGACACCGCCGCUCCAAAAAGGCGAGGGAGACCACACAAAAGCAUUGAUACAGAAUCACAAAACGAACCGCAACCAGCACAGGUGGAGGCCGACCAAGCCAGCUCGGCCACGGUCACAGCGCCCAAGAAAAGGGGACGGCCUCCAGUGGCCCGCGAGACUGAAGCACAAGAAGCGGAUACAGUCCAACCACCGCCAAGGAAGCGGAGGAGGGCUGGUGAAACGCCAGAAGCAAACAAUGGGCGGGACGAAGGCGAAAUGAGUAAGAGCGCUAAGUCGAACAAGACGUCAGGCAAUGCAGCUCAGCAGGUUACAGAAUCCGGGGGACCAAGCGUAGCAGAGGCGUCGAAACGCCGAGGAAGGCGGGGCCGUCAGUUGGACACCAGCCCUGCGGAGCCUCUCGGGAAAGACCUCAAAACAAACAAGGGACGCGACGAUGGAUCGAAAGGUAAACUAGGACGCAAGCCUGCAGUUAGUACCGGGCAAGGAGAGGAGGAAGAACAAGCCGCGGAAGAUCGGUCAGUGCGCCAAAGCAGGAGGGGUCGUCGAUCAGCAGAUGACGACGCACGACCUGCUGCCAACCAGGCAUCUCUCAAUGCUGCCAAUGGCGGAAGAGAAGUGCCAGUUCUUCAGGGACGUAAGCGCGGCCGCCCGUCUCUAGCGGAGUUAUCUGCCAGAGAAGCACAGAACAAUUCCGGACCGUCUCAACCUGAAACACAAGGACAGAAAAGGGAACGAGGACGCCCUCGGGUUGCCUCCGACGAAGGCGAUGCAACUUCGCAAAAUACCCGAGCACCAUCAGCCAAACCCGCCAAGCAGUCAAAGAAGCAGGCUUCUUCCCCUUCCCAAGAAACAGAGCCGGCAAGCAGAAGAGGCCGUCGCCGCUCCGCCAACGAGCCUCCAUCCCCCCACGCCGAACAACCCGCGGGUCCACCAACAAAGUAUCGCCACCUCGCAGCCCGCACCCGCCAGGUCCCGCAUUCCACCAUCUCGUCCAAAUGGGCUCCUCUCGAUACCCCCGCCAUAACGGCCAUCGAAUCCAUCCUCACAGACGCGACGCGGCCCGUCCUGCACCGCCUCCGCGACCGUGAUCAGCGCCACGCCCAAGCCCAGACCAUCCUCCGCAUGUUCACCUCGCGCCUCCGCUCCAAGCUGGUCAAGGGCAUGCCCUUCCCUCCUCCCGCCUCCACCACCUCUUCCAAGGGCAAGAAGGGCGGAGAGGGCGGCCACGCGGCCGAGCUAGAUUUUGAGCGUACAGUCGAUGGCAUCGGGCGGUUGGAGAAGGCGCUGGACCCGCUGCUACAUAGCGUCGUGCUGUUGCGUGGAGAGAAGGAGCGGGAAGAGAGGGCGCUCGAGAGGGAGUACAAGCUGCUGCGGCGGCUGGAGGCGAACGCGCGGGCGCAGGUGAGGGGUUGGAAGGAAGGCCGUGGCAGGGAGCACGUUCUUGUUGCGGGGGUUCGAGGGCAUGAAGAAGGGGAGGCGGAGUGGAGGGGGUUGGAGAUUGUCAAGGGCGUGUCCGGGGGAAGAAGCGGGGUUUUUAAGGAUCUUGAGGAGGAAGAACUGCUGGCGCUGUCACGGCAGAUUGGCAACCACAUGGAGAGCAUGAGGAGUAAUCUUGGCCAGAUCGAGAGCGUGCUGCCUGCAAUUGCGAAGAGCAGGGCCGCGCUGCAAGGCACGUUGUGUGAGCACCUGGAUCCUGAGCAGUACGAGCAGGUGCUGCUUGGCUAAGCGAGUAGACAACAAGAAAUGUGAAAUUUGCAUAUGGGCAUUGGGUGUUGGCUGGUUUGUAGGAUGACUGGUACUAGUAGUAUUGAUACCCUCAUCAAGGAGUCAAGGUUCAGGAUGGAUAGGUACCGUGCGUGAAUGGACAUUACAUCUCACUUUCAACAUACCAAGUAGCGCCAAC